AUGAAAUGUCUCCUAACAGUGUCAAUAAAAUUAGAGAGCUAUCUAUUCAGAUAUCCGAGAUAUGGGGAAGUGGAUCAGCGGGCGGCUCGACAUCUGCCCCCGCACGCCCUUCUAAUAAACAUAUCAAUGUGUUCUUGUGAACGACACUGGCCCUACGGCCCUCGGCCCGAAGGGUCAUUAUCGCGAACAGCGCGGCACAUUCCUCGCUGCACCGGCCGAACGCAGCGAAUAUUUCGACACAAUCUUCAUCAUAUAUUAGCGGCGGCCGGCUGUUGCCUGCUGACUGUACAAUGCCUCCUUUGUUUGGAAGCUCGUGCCUCCUCCGACACUAAGUGA